AUGACAAAUGAUUUAUGUUUUUAUCAGUAAGUAUGUGUACCUUGCUCGGAAAGUAAACAACUUUUAGAGACAGUGUCUGGAUCGUAGUCUUCAUGUAACUUUCAGACUGACAUUAUUCCUCGUGAUUAUUUACAUCACAAUCACGAAAAAUAAACAAGUAAAAUCAGUGUGGAAUCAUUGAAUUUUAAUCUUUUAUAAUGAUCAAGCCUUCAUUCACUGCAUUUCCGAUCCAAACUUUGAGGUUUGUGUAUCGAUCUCAAUCAGCGAGACAAACAAGUUUUUAUUCGACAAAUGAAUUUAAAUCUCCCUUAGCUGGAAUUAGGGUCAUUGAUUUGACAAGAAUUGUAGCUGGGCCUUAUUGCACAAUGAUUCUUGGUGAUUUGGGUGCCGAGAUUUUAAAAAUUGAAGAACCUGGUGUUGGAGAUCAAGCGAGAAAGUGGGGACCAUUUUUUGGAGAUUCGAAAAAAGCUUCCGCGUAUUUCGUCAGCUUGAAUCGCAAUAAGAAAAGUGUUUGUAUUGAUCUGAAAAGGGGGAGGGAUAUUAUUUAUGAUUUAGCGCGAAAAUCUGAUGUGUUGAUGGAAAAUUAUGUGCCUGGAAAAUUAUCACAGUAUGGAUUAAGUUUUGAAGAUAUCCAUAAAGUUGCUCCGCAUUUAAUUUAUUGCUCGUUGACUGGAUACGGAUACGAUGGUCCUUAUAUGAACAGGCCAGGUUACGACGUAAUCGCAUCGUCCUUAGGUGGACUUUUACACAUCACAGGGGCAAAAGAUGGUCCCCCCUGUAGACCAGGUACGGCUUUAAUAGAUAUUUCUACCGGUCUGUACGCCCAUGGUGCCAUAAUGGCAGCCCUGCUUCAAAGAACGAAAACGAAGAAAGGCCAAUGGAUUCAGUGUAAUCUUUUAUCCACUCAACUUGCCAAUUUGAUAAACGUCGGAUCCGCUUAUCUAAAUGCGAAUCAAGAAGCCAGAAAGUUGGGUUCUGCUUUAGAAAGCAUUGUUCCUUAUGAAUCUUUUCAAACAAAGGAUGGAUGGUUCACUGUAGGAGCAGGAAGUGAUGAACAAUUUUUUGAUUUAGUGAAAAAAAUGAAUAUGACGAAUUUAGACCCUAAAUUUGACACUAAUGCAGAGAGAGUACAAAAUAGGGAAGAGUUGUUGGAGAUAUUUAAAAAAGAAUUUUUGAAGAAAACCAAUCAGGAGUGGGCCCAGAUUUUUGAGGGGUCUUUGUUUCCUUUUGCACCGGUUAAUAACAUGAAAGAUACUUUCAAUGACAAGCAUAUUAAGGAUAUUGGAAUAGUCAAGGAAGUAAAACUCCCUACAGACGAUAAAGUCAAAAUCGUUGGACCAGCCGUAACUUAUAGUUAUGCAAAAAAUGAAAUUAGAUCUCCUCCGCCAAAAUUGGGUCAACACACGAUAGAAGUUAUGAAAAAUGUUUUGGAAUAUCCGGAAGAUUCGAUAAAGGCUUUAUUAAAAGAGAAAAUUAUACAAUAGAAUAUGGAAUUUAAUGUAUCAUUCCACUUGCUAGUAUAAAAUAUUUUUUUAUCGACGAGAAAAUUGAAAUUAAAAAAAAAGAAGAAUGUAAAGAUCAAAUUUUAACAGCGCACUCUUAAGGGGAUUCAUUUGAACCCGUUUUUUUUAUUUUCAAGAAUUUCGUGGUUAAAUUUUAAUGUUGGAUGUUAAAGAAGAAUUUAAAUUUUGAUUUAUUCUGAAUUUAAUUUCUGGAGUUUUCAUAUUACAGAAUAUAGUUAUAAAUUUCUUAUACACUUAAGAAGAGAAAAAGUAUUUCUAUUUUUAUAAACUAAAGUUUAACAAUAUAUAGAGAUUUUUAAAAUCUUUUUUUCAUAAAACUGAUGACCUGAUCAAACAGUGAAUACUGCAUUUUUAUAAUUUUAGAACUUUAGAAUCUGUUCUCAGAUAUUUUUAUGUAGAUU